AUGGAACAGUGUAAAGAACACCACACGUUACAGAUGGAACAGUGUAAAGAACACCACACGUUACAGAUGGAACAGUGUAAAGAACACCACACGUUACAGAUGGAACAGUGUAAAGAACACCACACUAGACAGAUGGAACAGUGUAAAGAACACCACACUAAACAGGUGGAACAGUGUAAAGAACACCACACGAGACAGGUUGAACAGUGUAAAGAACACCACACGAGACAGAUGGAACAGUGUAAAGAACACCACACGUUACAGAUCGAACAGUAUAAAGAACACCACACGAGACAGGUGGAACAGUGUAAAGAACACCACACGUUACAGAUGGAACAGUGUAAAGAACACCACACUAGACAGAUGGAACAGUGUAAAGAACACCACACUAAACAGCUGGAACAGUGUAAAGAACACCACACGAGACAGGUUGAACAGUGUAAAGAACACCACACGAGACAGAUGGAACAGUGUAAAGAACACCACACGUUACAGAUGGAACAGUGUAAAGGACACCACACGAGACGGGUUGAACAGUGUAAAGAACACCACAAGAGACAGAUGGAACAGUGUAAAGAACACCACACUAGACAGAUGGAACAGUGUAAAGAACACCACACGAGACAGGUGGAACAGUGUAAAGAACAUCACAGUUACAGAUGGAACAGUGUAAAGAACACCACACGUUGCAGAUGGAACAGUGUAAAGAACACCACACUAGACAGAUGGAACAGUGUAAAUAACACCACACGAGACAGAUGGAAUAAUGUAAAGAACAUCACACGAGACAGAUGGAAUAGUGUAAAGAACACCACACUAGACAGCUGGAAGAGUGUAUAG